AUGGCUGCUGAUCGGCGCCACCCGGCGGUGAACGACGUGUACCUGACGCUCGUCGGCGCCAGCAACACCCUCGCCGACGUCCAGCGCCGCCUUGACCUCGAGUUCCGUGCCUCCUACCCCGACCAUGCAAACCCGGCGAAACUGGUAGGGCGAGUGAAGCGGGUGCAAGAGGAGGUGGCUGCGCUCAAGGAUCUCUGCCGCGACCUCCUCGCCCAGAAGCAGGAGCUGAUCGACAUGAUGCGCACGAGCCUGGCUGCGCAGCGGAGCGCCACACAACGGCUGCUCGCCUCCUCCGGGCUGCCCCUCAUGACCGGCGACGAGGAGGCCGCCUACGCCAGCCUCAAGCAGGUGAUCGACGAGUGGACUGAUCAGCUGAAGCCAAUGGCAGGGGGUCCGGAUGGGGAGAAUGAAGACACCAACCAGAUCCUCUUCUCCGCAAUCCUUUAG